AGAAGACCAGGGAAGCCCGGGUGGUUUCGUGGUACCAGUCCAUGCGUGUGGAAUGUAGAAUUUUAAAGAGCUGAUAGAAUCAGUUAUGCAUCUAUAAUAGAAUAUAGAAGCAGUUACUCGUCUGUAAGGCAAAUGGCUCAGAGAUCCAUCUUAAAGGUCUCAACCGGUCACCCGGACUUUCUCCAGUUCAACAACCUGGCGUGUGAGACAGCCGGUGGAAAGGUGAUUUUUGCGACGGAUGAGUGGUUUGCUCCAGCUUCCAAUCUCUUAAAGAGAGAGCCGCCGCAGUUCAUAGCUUCAGCUUUCACUCAAUUUGGCAAAUGGAUGGACGGAUGGGAGACGAGGAGAAAGAGAAUUCCAGGCCACGACUGGUGCAUUGUUCAGCUGGGAGUGCCUGGGGUCGUUCACGGCUUUGAUGUGGACACCUCCUUUUUCACAGGAAACCACGCCCCUUCUGCCUCCAUACAGGCUGCCUGUCUGGAUGAGAUUCCUCCUUUCACGCUGGAGGGAGACCGCACAGGCAUGGCUGCCACUGAGGACCAGUUUGAAUCAGUAGCAAAGCUGAAGUCAGAGAUGUGGGAGGAGCUUGUGCCAGUGACAGAGCUGAAGCCUGGAUACUCUGACUCCUGUCAUAAUUACUUCACUGUGACCUCACCUCGCAGAUUCACCCAUCUCCGUUUAAACAUGUUCCCAGAUGGUGGCAUUGCAAGACUGAGAGUGUAUGGAGUGGGGCAGAAAGACUGGCCUGGUGUGUCCAGUCAGGAUCCAGUUGACCUCAUUGCUCUGGUCAAUGGAGGGGUGUGUUUAGGCUACAGCGACGCCCACUUUGGUCACCCGCGCAACAUGAUUGGCUUGGGCAGAGCUGACAACAUGGGAGACGGCUGGGAGACAGCAAGACGCCUGGAUCGACCCAAAGUCUUAAAACUGGAUGAGAUGGGUAUUCUGCAGGUGCCAGGCUACGAGUGGGCAGUCUUUAGACUCGGGCAUCCUGGUAUAAUCAGUCACAUUGAGGUUGACACCAAUCAUUUUAAAGGAAAUUUCCCUGAUUCCUGUAAAAUCGAGGCCUGCACUUUGACCCCUGAGGAAGAGGAACACUUUGUGAGGAAGAAGUGGAGCAGUGAUGAAGGACCCAAAUGGAGACUUCUACUACCUGCCCAAAAACUCAAGCCUCACCAUAGACAUUUCUACUCCGGAGACGCGGCGCUGCAGUGUGGCACAGUGUCUCACAUACGCCUGGUCAUCGCUCCGGACGGAGGGGUCAGCAGGUUACGACUGUGGGGCUGUCCUGUCUUCAGUGACUCAUCCGCUUCUCCCAGACUAAGCUCGAAGCUCUGAUACCAUUAUGCUUGUCCUACAUCCCUCAGGAAGGCAGUUAAAAAUGGAAUGACUGUCAUAUUGAUUGUUUUUCAUAUGCAGUCUGAAAUGAGAUGAGUGGUUUUAAAAAAAAAAGUAUUUGGGUCAUUAAGUUACUUCUAACUCGUUCUUCAUUCAAAUUAUUCUGAGCCAAAUCUGUUAUAAAUAGGUCAAAUACUUUCAGGGUGUGAAAUGUUCAAAAUAAUAAUAAAAAAAGUCCACAAAGAAAA